AUGGGCGGGCCACUUAAGAACCCGUCCCUCGCAGCCCUCCAAAGCCGUAGCCGCUUCUGUGAGGGCUCCAUGAACGACCGCGCUUCCGCCGCACCGCCCGUCCGCUUCCUCGACCCCGACUCCCUCGCCGCCUUCGAGCAGCCCGUAGCCCUCCCAUCCAGCGGCCUUGGCAACCUACUAGCCAGCCACGAUACCGCUGGCUUUCCCACCAGUAGCAGCAACACCAGCAACAGCAGCGGCAGUAGCGGCUUCUCCCAGGCGUGGUCCCGCAAGACGGGCAGCAAGCUCUUUGGGCAGGUAUGGGAGGGUGUGCGCGGCCGGCUACGUCUGCGCAAAGGAGACGACUCCUCUGGCGGCGGCGAUGCUGCCAAAAGGACGACCAGGUCGACGCCGUCGGCGGCCAUAUCCGCGGCGACGACAACGACAGCCGUGACACAGACCAACGCCGAGACCAUCACCAUCUACACCGACCCGGCCGAGCGAAGCGAUGGCCCACCUGCCUCGCGCACACGCAGCCGGCUCGCCGCACCGACACCGCUGCAGCUACCCACGGCGCCGAUUGACAUUCCCCGUGGACCGGCAACGGCGGGCAUUGGCGGCCCCGGCAACCUGUCGUUUGCCGGCUUCCAGUCCGCGCGGCCGUCGAGGGACGAGGUCCUCGCCAGCUACAAGCAGCUCAUGGCCGACGGCUUCUUCCACGCGCACGCCAUCCCCUCGAACCGACAGGGCCUCGGCCGGCCGGGCACCGCCAACAGCGCGCGUCCCGCAACGUCGCACUACCACCCCGACCAUCACCAGCAGAGACCACCGUCCUCACCACCGCCAGAGUGGCCGCUCACCACGCCGCGCCAGGAGACGAUGGAGCCGGCGAUGCUGCAGUCCCCCACCAGCGCCUCCUCGCGCGGCACCAAACGCGCGGCCGCUCACGACUCCGAUGACGACGAGAGCAUGCGCGACCAGGACAUGGACAUGGACGACGACGACGGCGACGUCCGCGUCUACAACAAGGAGAACCAGGCGCCGCCGCAUCCAAACACCGUGCGAGGCGACGACGCCAGGCAGCCCAAGAAGCGUCUCCGCCGCCUCGCCUCGCGCGAGAGCCUCUUCGUGUCCAAGACCCGCGCCCCGCCCACCACCUCCCAACGCAGUCUCUCGUCCGCCACCACGCACGGCGGCGGCGGCGGCGGCGGCGACGGUGACAUCUUCUUCCACCCGGGACCGCCACCGGCCAUCAACAAGCUCCAGAAGCGCCGCCCCUCUGCGCAGCAGCAGCAGCAGCGUCCUCGCCACGUUAGCGACGGUGGCGGGAGCGCGCGCGUGCUCCGUGGCAAGGCCGCCGAGGAGCGCCGCCGCCUGCGUGUGGUGCCCGACGAGGGUCGUGGCAUCCCGGGCGUGCCCGCCAUCCCGGUGCGCUUCACGUACGGCGAGGACCGCGAGAAUGACGGCCCGUGGCGUGGUCUUCGGGUCCGCUGA